AGAUAAGGAAGGACAUAAUUUUUCUAUAUUCUGGGUGCUGGUGAGUGUUAUCCUAGGUGCAAUAGCCAUGCUGUGCAAAGAACAAGGAAUUACAAUACUGGGUUUGAAUGCAGUGUUUGAUGCACUGGUGAUUAACAAGCUUAAUGUUCUGGAGCUUAUUCAAAAGUUACUACAUAAGGACAAGUCAUUGGAGAAUGCUGGGCUGUUAAGAAAGGGGCUGAUUUUCAGGAUAACUCUUCUGAUGUCUGGAGGGGCCAGUAUACUUUAUAUACGCUGGAGGAUUAUGGGCACAGGGCCACCAGCUUUCACUGAAGUAGACAACCCAGCUUCAUUUGCAGACAGUCUGUUUGUGAGAGCUAUAAACUAUAAUUACUACUAUUCUUUGAAUGCAUGGUUGCUGUUGUGUCCCUGGUGGCUAUGUUUUGAUUGGUCAAUGGGCUGCAUACCCCUCAUUAAGUCCGUCAGUGACUGGAGGAUAAUUGCACUAGCAGCACUUUGGUUCUGCCUAAUUGGUCUGAUAUGCCAAGCUCUGUGCUCAGAAGACAGCCAUAAGAGAAGAAUUCUUACACUGGGACUUGGAUUUCUUAUUAUCCCUUUUCUUCCUGCAAGUAAUCUGUUCUUCCGAGUAGGAUUUGUUAUUGCAGAGAGAGUCAUCUACCUCCCCAGUAUUGGAUAUUGUAUUCUGUUUACAUAUGGAUUUAGUCUCUUGAGUAAGCAAGCCAAGAAAAAGAAAAUCCUUGCUCUGGCAGUACUUGGAAUCUUGUUGAUAAAUGUUAUGCGCUGUGCACUCCGCAGCAGUCAGUGGAGGUCAGAAGAACAGCUUUUUAGGAGUGCACUGUCUGUAUGCCCUCUGAAUGCAAAA